UCUCUCUCUCUCUGUUGUCUCUGUAGUUUUGUAUUUUAAGAGAAGAUUAGAACCAGAGAAAUAUCAGUGAAACUAGAGAGUAUUAGAAGAACAUAUAUAUACAUAGAGAGAUAGGAGAGAGAGAGAGAGAGAAUGAAGGGUUCACCAAGAAAUUAUGAUUACUCAUUCAAGAUUUUGCUGGCUGGUGAUUCUGGUGUUGGAAAGAGCAGUCUUCUUUUGAGCUUCAUCUCCAACUUUGUUCAAGACCUUUCUCCUACAAUUGGUGUGGAUUUCAAGAUCAAACAGCUUUCAAUUGAUGGGAAGAGAUUGAAGCUAACAAUAUGGGACACAGCUGGACAGGAGAGGUUCGGAACAGUAAUAAGCUCUUACUACAGAGGUGCACAUGGAAUCAUUCUCGUGUAUGAUGUAACACGGCGAGAAACCUUUACAAAUUUAUCGAAUCUGUGGGCAAAGGAAGUAGACCGGUACUCCACCAAUCAAGAUUGCAUUAAAAUUCUAGUCGGGAACAAAGUUGACAGGGAUAAAGAGAGGGUUGUAACCAGAGAAGAAGGGAUGGCACUUGCACAGGAGCAUAAAUGUUUGUUUCUUGAAUGUAGUGCUAAAACUAAAGAAAAUGUUCAGCAAUGCUUUAAAGAUCUCACAUUGAAGAUGCUGGAGGUACCAAGUUUACUGGAAAGUGGAUCUGUGGACGUGAAGAGACAAAUUUUGAAGCAGAAAGAAGCAGACCUGAUGCCUUGCAGCGGCAAUUGCUGCUCUCAAUAGAGAACAUUAGUUCAUGCCAGUACAAAAACUGGUGUAAUGCAAUUUAGGUGGACUCGGAUCUUCAAAAAUCCUUGUCAUCACUUCCAUGAUUUUUUUUUUUUGGGGUUUCGUAAUAGUUUCUAGCUAGGUUAUUGAACUCUGCAGAUGUCAAGGGUUUGCUCGAGUGCUUAGGGCGUUUCAAGAUUUAGAGUUUGU